UGCGUGAGGUGUGACAUGAGCGGGAGACUGCUCGGCUCCAACAGACUGAACUCUGUCUUUACUGUCUUUCAGAUGGCAGCAGUGACAAUGGGCUUUGGAGAUCCUCUCUCACCUUUGCAAUCGAUGGCAGCUCAGCGGCAGCGGGCACUGGCCAUUAUGUGCCGGGUCUACGUGGGUUCCAUCUAUUACGAGCUUGGGGAGGACACCAUUCGCCAGGCUUUUGCUCCCUUUGGACCCAUCAAGAGCAUUGACAUGUCCUGGGACUCCGUCACCAUGAAGCACAAGGGCUUUGCCUUUGUGGAGUAUGAGGUCCCAGAGGCCGCGCAGCUUGCCUUGGAGCAGAUGAACUCGGUGAUGCUCGGAGGCAGGAACAUCAAGGUGGGCAGACCCAGCAACAUAGGGCAGGCCCAGCCCAUCAUAGACCAGCUGGCUGAGGAGGCACGAGCUUUCAACCGCAUCUAUGUGGCUUCUGUGCACCAGGACCUUUCAGAUGAUGACAUCAAGAGUGUAUUUGAGGCCUUUGGCAAGAUCAAAUCUUGCACGCUCGCCCGCGACCCUACAACUGGCAAGCACAAGGGUUAUGGUUUCAUUGAGUAUGAGAAGGCCCAGUCGUCCCAGGAUGCCGUGUCUUCCAUGAACCUCUUUGAUCUGGGUGGCCAGUACUUGCGAGUGGGCAAGGCUGUCACUCCCCCCAUGCCCCUGCUUACUCCUGCCACACCUGGAGGCCUCCCGCCUGCUGCUGCUGUGGCUGCAGCGGCAGCCACAGCCAAGAUCACAGCUCAGGAAGCAGUGGCUGGAGCAGCGGUGCUGGGUACCCUGGCCACGCCUGGACUAGUAUCCCCUGCACUGACUCUGGCCCAGCCUCUGGGGGCUUUGCCCCAGGCUGUCAUGGCUGCCCAGGCCCCAGGAGUCAUCACAGGUGUGACUCCAGCCCGGCCUCCCAUUCCGGUCACCAUCCCCUCUGUGGGAGUGGUAAACCCCAUCCUGGCCAGCCCUCCAACGCUGGGUCUCCUGGAGCCCAAGAAGGAGAAGGAAGAGGAGGAGCUGUUUCCCGAGUCGGAGCGGCCGGAGAUGCUGAGCGAGCAGGAGCACAUGAGCAUCUCGGGCAGCAGUGCCCGCCACAUGGUCAUGCAGAAGCUGCUCCGCAAGCAGGAGGUGGGCAGCGGGGGCCG